AAAAAUUGCGAUUAGUGGAUCAUCCGAACAGUCUAAUUCUAUCGCCUUCGACGAUUAGGCUGCUCGGUGGACUUCCGUCGAUGAAUUUCAUCAUUAGAAGCCAAAGUUACGGUUGGUCAAAGUGCAGAAAGAUGAUGAUAGCUUAUCUAUUUAUAGUGUUGGCGAUGAGUUUGCAAACUGAACCAGCCGUUACCGGUGAGGCACCGGAGGUAACGAUACCAAAUUUGGGAACACUUAGGGGUUCAGCUGCUGCGAGCGCCUUCAGCGGUCGGAAGAUCUUACAGUUUUUGAGCGUCAAGUAUGGAGAAAGCACUGCUGGAGAAAAGCGAUUCAAGCCACCAAGGAAAGCACUACCCUGGGAAGGUGUUCGAAAUGUGUCAAGAUAUGGGCUACCAUGCCCUCAGUUGAAGCUGAUAGCUCUGUUCAAUGCUGAUAACUCCUCGGUUGACUUAGAAGACUGUUUGACGCUCUCGGUGUAUACAAAUAAUCUUUCCGGCAAAAAGCCGGUCAUGUUCUUCAUCCACGGGGGUGGUUUCUACGAAGGUUCCGGAUCGAAUCUAACGCCCGAGUUCCUGCUCGAAAAGGACAUCGUCCUGGUAGUGGUCCAGUACCGUCUAGGACCGCUGGGUUUCCUCUCAGCGGAAACCGCGAACAUUCCUGGGAAUGUCGGUUUGAUGGACAUCCACCUUGCACUGGAAUGGGUUCAGGAGCAUAUCGGCCACUUUGGCGGUGACGCCGGGAAUGUAACUGUGUUCGGGCAAUCGGCGGGAGCAGCUGCCGUUUCGGCGUUGAUUUACAGCCCUAAGGUGCCCGAUCACUUGUUCCACAAAGCGAUUCUACAGUCGGGAGGCUCCGGUGCUCCAUGGGUUUGGGAUAAGGAUCCGAUUGGGCAUGCGAGGGAAAUUGCCGCCUUAUUGGGAUGUGAUCCGUAUGUUGAUAAGCCCGAUAAGCCGGUGAUGCCAAAACAGGAAGUAGAACGUUGCACACAACAGGCCGAUGUGUGGAAUCUGCUUAGAGCUUUCGGGGAACAUAAAACUCGAGCUACCCUUUCCAAAGGUCUGGGAGAUGUCGGAGGCAAUCGCUUAACUGUGGGCGAUAUCAAUGGUUAUCUACCGCAGACACCCUGGGAUGUGAUGAAAUCGGGUAAGAUGCGUCAAAAUCUACCGAUGAUGGCAGGAGUCGUCAAAAAUGAAGGAACAUUUUUGCUCACCACGGUAUACGAUUCAUUGAAAAAUCGAGGAUUAUUGGAUGAUCCUAAUUUCUUGAAAUAUGGAUUGCUGGAAUCUGUGAAUAAGCUGUUGGGAAUGGAAGAUGCCAGUGGUUCAUUGACCGGAUACCAGAUUCGAUCGUUGCUUAGUCCAGAACAGAUGGAGAGCGGAAAAUUUGAAAACCUAACCAACGGUUUAUCAGAUCUCGCGGGAACGAGUCUAGUUAAAGCGACCCUUCUGCGGGAAGCCCAAGGUAACAACCGUGUUAAUCCUACUGGAACAUUUCUGUACUCAUUCGACUAUAAAGGAGAGAAGACCCGUUUUGGAUACGGAGCGGAUACGUCACACUAUCCAUUCGACGGAGGAGUGCACCACUCAGAUGAUAUGAUGUAUUUGUUCCCGUUUCCUCCUGGAAAACCGAAGUUAAAUGAACGGGAUACCCGUAUGGCCAAACAGAUGGUCGAUCUGUGGACAAGUUUUGCAGAAACUGGAGUUCCGAAGAGCGGUGACAUAGAAUGGAAACCGAUGACGGAUUACGCUGGUCCGUACCUCCAUAUUGACGAGAACUCCCACCUUGGCCACAACUUCUACGAGGAAUUCACCGUAAACAGCGACGAAAAUCGUCAUUCAGCGCCUUGAGCACGCAUGAAUGGAGAAACUCAAUGCAGCACUACUUUUCCCAGAAACCCACAACAAUUCCGAUUCUGCAAUCCUAAUUAGUGUGUAAACAAAAUAACACGUUUCUCGAUGUUGUUUUUUCCCUUCCAUAGAUUGAAUGAAUGAAAGAAAAACUGAUGUUAUGAAUAA